GUCCCCCGAGGGGCUAGGCUGGGGGAAUCCGGUCUUUCUCCUUCUUCCCAGUGGCCGCCUGACGGGCAGGAGGCGGCCGGGCUGGACAGGACGCGGGGGCCGGGUGGAGGGAAGGCGGCCGGGGCAGCCCGGUCCGGCUGAUGCUGGCUCCUCCGCCCCGCAGCAGGCUCAGCCCUGGUUCCGGCAGGCUGGUGGCGGCGACCGGGACUCACGGGGACCCCCCUGGGCUCCGUUCCCCUUCCCUCCCUCAGCGGCGGGCGGCGCUGGAGGAUUUUCUCCCGCUGCGACCCCCUCGCUGCCCCCCAGACAUGGUAGGUCACCUACAGCUGCAAGGGAUGGACGAGAGCCUGAAGGAGAAGAGCCGGGAAGGCUUGUUGGACAGCCCAGACUCGGGGCUGCCCCCCAGCCCCAGCCCCCCCUUCUACUCCCUCUCGCCUGGUGAGGGCCGAGCUGGGGGCAGCAGCGGUGCGGACCCCCCGGCCCCGGGGCACCGGCGAGAGGCCAAGGACGGCAAAGUGAUGCCAUACCUGCUCCUGAGCCCAUCCAUGCUGGAGGUGAAGCCUCGAAUGUACCCUGUGUUUUUUGGAGAAAGCAUUGAGGUCAGCCCUGAGCCUGUGCAGGAGAUCAGAUGCAAUUCUGAGGUGAAGUACGACUCGGAGAAGCAUUAUCGGGACGACAUCUUCUACAGCCCCAUCCCCACCCUCACCACUUACAGCGAGACAAUCAUUGCUGCUCCCAAUAGCACCUGGCGGAGCUACAAGUCCCAGCUGAUCUUUGAGCCCCGCCAGAAGCCACUGAAGUUUCAGAGCACGACCAUCAUUUUUCCUAAGCAUGCCAAGAACAUUUACCGGACCACCCUCAACUACAGCUUGGGUUGUGCCAAGCGUUGGUUUGCUUCCAGUGUGCAGCUGGAACUCUGCGAGGAAAGCAGCCCCUGCGUCAUCUACAGCGAGACCCUCUGAUCUGCCCUGCCACUGCCAACUGGGUGACCUCAAGGAGGCCAUGGCCUCUGCUGGGGCUUGGGCUGGGCCUUCAUUGAUGACGACUGAAUAUUAAUGGCUGGAGAACACAUCGUCUUGGGUGAGGCUGAACUGGCUGGGAGGAGGCUUGCAGGGCAUGGGAUGGUUUUGAUCAGUGAGAGAGGCUGGCUUGUAUUCUGUGAUGUUCCUGACAUUCGUGAUCUGGAUUUUAUUUUUUGGUGGGUUUUUUUCCCCAAGUGUAUCUAUUUUUGACUUGUGUUUAGAUGAAAUCAAGAUGACAAAAGACUCUAUUAGCCAUAGCAGUGUGCUGCCUCGUGAACUCUCUAAGUCUCAUGUAGCACGUAGGUGAGACUCACUGUAACCUUCAGUGCUAUUUUGAUUUCUGCAAAGGGAAGGCCAAGUGCAGAGCCAGUAUCCAAUUUGCCCAGCAUACACCAAGCCAGGUCUCAGAAUGUAAAUGCAGAGGAAGUGGUUGUUCGUAUCAGUGCCUCAUGGCUUACUUCAACAGCUCAUCUGAGAGAGAGCUGCAGUAUUACACCACUGUGGUAACCUUAGGCCUGAGUUACUGUGAGUGGGGAUUGCCACCAAGAGAGAGAGGAGGGAAAUGGGCACACGGUGCUCUUGCUGGCAGCUAGAUGUUUAUCUACCAUAGCAAGGCACAGCUCAACCAAGAGGGAGAAAGGCCUGCACUGAUGCACAGACACCUCUUCUGUAAGCCCAGACAAGAGUACACAGAGGAGGCUGAGGAAACUCUAUAGCUGAAGGGCUAUUUCCUAAAGGUGUCCAAGUGACUUAGAAACUCAGAGCCCUUAUCUUCUCAGUCCAAGUGGGCCAUGCUGUUUGUUGUCUCCAACACCCAUUUUACAGGGAUCUUUAUGCACUUGCAACCCUUUUGAGUUUCAGGGUAUGGCUGUAUUGCAGAAAGGAGUGUAGCACAAGAAGAGGCUUCAAAGAAGCCAGUGCAGGGUUAACUCAUGAGCAAGAUUGCUCAUCCUGUCAGUAGUUCCCAUACACGUGGCAUGGACAGCUUCACUGGUUAUGGAGGAGCAGCUAAACUUUCUCAGUGGAGAGCCUGAAGGAUUGAAGAGCCCAAAUCCAUCCAGGUUUUCCAUUACCAGCCAGGCUGUAGCCAUUCAAUAGGUGCUUCACAAAUAGCUGAGCUGUCUCUGCAAAGGGAUCCGGAACCACUGAAAGAGCAGGAGUCACACCAGCCACGCCAGCCUAGACUGUUCCCCACCCAUGAAUCACAUCUCCUGGUACCCCUUCAAUUUGGUAGCUCACUGAAAAUCUGUGAGAGCCUGGAUCCCCCCAAACAUAUAACCUUUGAAAAUAGCACAGAAUUGUCUCCAGAAAUCUAACCAAGAAUUUGUGCAUGCUGCUCCGAAGAGCUCAGACUUAGAAAAUAACCACAGAGCUCUGGAAAUUAAUUUCCAGCUUUCUCUCUUCUAAACUUUCCAUUUUGUUCCUGACUUGCUGCAAGUCUGAGCUAUUUCA